AUGGCAGAGAAACUCGGGAGAAAGUUUGUGGCCGGGCUGAAGGAUGUGAUCGAGCGGGAAGAUGCCGUCGGCGCCGCUUCAGGCCGGGCUGUGACCCGGGAUCCCCGCCCCUUAUCAGGCUGUCUCGCCACCUCACCGAUCCGCCCGAGCAGCCAGACGCAGGCGGGUGGGGGGACUCCGGCGUCGACCUCGGCAGCCGGGCUCCUCUCUGCACAGCUCAGCAACGGCGGUCCCCCGACCGGCCGGUGUGAAAGCUGCGGGUGGCGGGAGCCGAGCUCUGGCUUCGCCCCCCCUCCCCCGGGAGAUCCCACGGGGGAGGCGCCGCUCUGUUGUGUCUGCGCCCGAGCUCCCGAUGACAGCGAAGGCCUGUCAACCCAGAGCCAGGGCGCGACGCAGCGGCUGGCUGAAGCCGAACGCCGGGCCAGGCAGACGGGCAGCGAGCGCCCACCGUCCCUCUCAGUCGAAGCACCGACCAGUCUCUGUCACGUAACCGGCGAACACUCACCUCACGGCUCCGCACUCAUCCCCUGUCCUGACUACCGGCGGCCCUCCGUCCACUCGUUAGUGCCACUGCCGCCGGCACUCGUUCGCUCCCACCGUCGCCCGGCCCUGUCUCUCAAUUCGAUCCCCAACGCUGCGCUUUCUCCAUUCCCGGCUCCGGCGCUCACUCCACCCCGCCGGCUCGUCUCCACGGCUCCGCGCGCAGCCCGCCGCAGCGCCGCCCGUGGCCACACCCCGCAACUGCACCCGCCGCAGCGCCGCCCGUGGCCACACCCCGCAACUGCACCCGCCGCAGCGCCGCCGGCGUCUGUACCCGGAAAUGUACCCAAAUCUGAGCAACACACACAAAAUGCUGGAGGAACUCUGCAGGCUGGGAAGUAUCUCCCCGCAGUGCCGCCUGGUUGCAAAAUGCAGCCACUGCACCUAAACAGCGACUGA